CUUAUCUUCUUUCCGCCAUGCAUAGAACAAAGCAUUCCCAAAGAGGAAAUUAUUUAUUGACACUGAGUGUGCCUAAUCUGAUUCUCGAGACAAAGAAAGUUAGCGGUUCACAAUAGAUGUAUACCUUGCGCUGGCUAUUGUGGCACUGCAUAACACAAUUUUUGGUUCAUUAUACGAAGGCAGCAUGCAUGAUCCCCGCAUCGAGCACAGUGCUGAUUUAACUUUUGAAGAAUACAAGACUCAACUUUCAAUCAGUUGGACCUUUGGAUCAAGUUGAUGCCCUAAACGUUGCGGAAUUGAUCUGUGGACAUGGAUACCUCAGUGCAUGGCGAGCCUCGGUACUUCCUUCAUGUGGCGGCGUGUUAGCUCAUUAAGGGGCCAAGGCCUGCAGAGGAUGUGGACGCGACUGUCAUAUCGCGGCAGGAGCUUCAUCCAGAUGACUGCCGAGCCACGGUGUGUGUGCCUUUCCCCUCUCAAGAUUUAAUACUACGCAUCGCUGUUGAGCACCCCGGGGUUCCUUUCUUCCAUGUUUCACGUUUCUACCAAGAUUCGUCCGCCUGCUCGCCAGCCGCCGGAGAUAAGCAGCGCAGAGCUACCCACCACUGCGUCACCCGCGUACGGCAUGUCCACCCCGCUGAUGCAGGAACUGGAGCUGGGCCUAGGCGGUACCGGCAACUCGACCCUUGACGAUUCCACGACACCGGUCAAGUCGGUCACCGACGCCAGAGUCGAUACCGGCGACAGUACCGGGGUCACCGAUCUCCCGGACGACCACGGGCCGCGAGUGCUAUGGUGCGGCUCGCUUAUACUCGUCAUCAUCUUGAGUGUCGUAGGCAACGGCAUUCUCUCCGUGGUCGUAUUCGGUAACGCCCGUCUGCGCAGACCGUCCUACUUCUUUCUGUUCAACUGCGCCCUGGCCGACUUCGUCCGUUCCGUGCUGUGUUUCCCCUUCGUGGUCUCGGCCGUGGUCUCGCGAGAAUGGAUAUACAGCAACUCCCUGUGCGAGAUCCUGGCCUUUUUCAACGUGUACCUUACCUACGGGGCCCUGUACACCUUGUUUCUGAUUAGUAUAGAGCGAUACGUGGUGCUGCGGUUUCACCGAUUUCACCGACAGAAGCUAAAAGGACCGGCCUGCCUGCUCUUAGUCCUUGCCUCGUGGGCUCUGGCCGUAUCCAUGGCCUUCCCACCAGUUUUCAACACCAGGACUUACUCCUUCAUCGAGAACGAGAAUCAGUGCACCUUCAAGCACCGGGAGUAUAAGACCAACGAGACCAUGUGUUUCCUCAUGUUCUUCGUGGCUGUCAUCGCUUUCAUGCACUUCGCCUACUUCAGGGUGUUUCUCUUCAUGCGCGCUCACCGCAAGAUGCGACCCAUGCAGUUCGUGCCCGCCGUUUCUAACAAUUGGACCUUCUACGGACCUGGUUCCACGGGCCAGGCAGCGGCCAACUGGUUCCUCGGUUACCGUCAGGGCCCCACCCCGCCGCCGCUGAUCGGCCUGGCUCCCCCCUCGAACAGUAACAGCACCUCCCUCUCCAAGUCGGACUUUGAACGAGAGGAGAAAUUCAGCAAGCUCUCUCUGGCCAUCAGUAUCUCCUUCAGUGUGUUGUGGCUGCCUUACACCAUCCACUGUUUCUGGCAGGUGUUUCAGCCGGCCAACCCGCUGCCUCACAGCUUCGUCUCCUUGGCUACCUGGAUGACCUUCUUCCAGGCCUGCAUCAAUCCCAUCCUGUGCUUCGUGGUCAGCAAGGAGUUCCGGCAGAUUGCGCUGCAGCACGUCUUCGGUGCCUCGGCCUUCCAACCAGAGGGUCACAACGUGCAGUUGUGACAGAGGCUGUGAGGAGUUAUCACCGUGUGGAUGGAGCCAGACACUUUGACUGGCAGCGCUAAACGGUGAUGGCUCAUGGCUUGCAUUCCAAUAACAUAGGUAAACCAAACAAACAAAUAAAAGCCUAGUUUCCAUAUCCAUUUACGAUCUAUGUCGCGUCGAAGUGGCGCUACAUGCAGCGCGCAGACUGUAUCAUCUGGCAACGUCGCAGACAUUUUACUUGUGAUAAGUCUGCGACCGUUACGAUUCUUAUGGAAACUGGGCUUAUUGUGAUAACGAAUGUAUACACAUGCUCUUUCUGCAUGCUGUUGGUUCGAUGUAAUGUUGCUUGGCUUUUUGUAUGUCCCAAAACGUGCUUUAAAACAACGCCUAUUGAUAUCUAACUUAUACCUAUCAUGUAGAUAUUAUUUUAUACGUGCUAUACAAAUUUGUGUUGUCAGAUGUAUUUAAACAGAUACAAAAAAGCAAUAGAGGCCGAGGUUAGACCAGUAAUAUUUGACCGUAAGCGAGAACAUCCUUAAUUUAUAGAACAUCCUUACUUUAUUUAUUUGUACAAUUAAAUGCGGCAUAAGCCUUUGUAAAGUACAAAUACGCUUCUGCUAUAAGUUGUGUCAUAUAGGCCUAGAGGAAAGAAUACGGUGUCACGUGAUUUUUGAACGGGUUUCCUGGAUAGGUCGAGGCUGUUAUGAUCAGCUUAUGUCAGUUUUCAUACCCUUGUUCGAAAAGGUAAAAUAAAUUUUCAAAAAUAUUAACCGUCGACCUUCUGUUAACAAAUCUUAGAUUCCCAUUGAGAAUUGUUCCUUCUCUGUUUGAGGGUACACCAUCAUCAUUAGCCAUCAGCCUAAUAGUUGCACGUUGGGAAUCCAUGUAAAUAUUUAUAGAAUGAUCCUGCUGUAGUGGGUGUAAUGAAAAUGAAAGAAAACUAAACAAAUGGGAUGUCGAAUUUUGUUGAAAGAACAGUACAAAUGCGUAUCCAGCUCGUGUCAAUAAAAAUGCAGCAAUCAAUCCAUAUGUAUUAAUCAAUCCAUACAUCUUUUUGCAAAGCAAUACAAUAUAUAGAGUCUGAACGUAUAGUAAAUACUCUUCACAGUGGUCUUUAUCCCAUCUCAUUUGGACACCCCAGUCCAGAGAUACAGCUGAUUAAAUGAAAGGACUUGAAUUAAAAAUUUAGCCACUUAUCAGUUGUACCAAGAAGGUGUGUGAAUGCCUCUCAUUAGAUACCGGAUAAUCUGAAAAGUGGCUUUAACAGAUUUUGACAGUCUUUACAAGCUUUGCCGUUACUUUUAAACAAAAGAUCCAAAUCACAGAACAAAAAUCCUGUCAUGGGUAUAAACACUCUAUCGUCUCAUGGUAAAAAACAAAAACAAAAACAAACAAUAUAUAGUUUCCUAAAAAAAAGGUUUGACUGCUACAUUUUUUUGAGGCGCGCUGUAUUUCCAUAGUUCAUGUGCAGUAAUUGGGUAGAUCCGCGCACAGUUACAAUGUAGCUGUCUUAAACACACACGCUGUCUUGAGUUUGACCCAAUUUUCUGAACCAAGGACAUUUCUUGUAUUGCAGUUUAUAGAUAUGGGUCACAGACACCUGUCUUGGUCAUUUUAAUAAUUGAAUUUGAGAAUUAACUCGUUGAAACGUCCCAGGCUUUUUGAAGGCAUGUGGGAUCAUUUGCUUUUCAUGCAUUUUGUUCGUUUCCAGUAAUAAAACCACCCAACAUCUAAAUAAGAACGUUCAAAACCUAACCUGUUGCAAUUUCAGCUCAUUACAUUUUUAGUGAAAACAGUGAGAGACCAUGAACAACCAUUUGAAACACGAUUUCAUUGAUUUCCAAAUAUCAGUCAAUUGUUCUUCUAAAUGACAGCAAGCCAGAUGGAAUAUUUCACACGGUGUGUUUAGUACCAGGACGAUCUUUAAUCUAUGCUUUUUUGGUAAUUUUUAUAUAGGUUAAUUUUGGAAUUAAUGCAAAUGGUCUUAUAUGCCUUUAAUUUAGCCGAUAUCCAUGGCAUGACACCUGGGGAAAACAACAAGGUGUGUGGUCUACAUGAGAACUGGAUUGGGACUGUCAAUUUUCAGAAAUCAAUAUUCGUUUUUCCAUGUCAAAACUGUUCAAAACAUAGCUCAUACCUUAGAGAAAUAAAACACAUUCACAGUAUUUUUACCUUGAGAACAGUGAAGAGGCUCUUGCCAGAAGUGCGGCCAAGGCUGGGCUUUGAAAAUUAUACGGGUAGGUUAGUGCUACAAACACAAUAACGAGGAAAACACGAGCAAGAUAUAUAAUACACGUACAAAAGGGUCAUGCCCGCUUUGACUUACGUAUCAGCUGCUGGUAUUACAUUUAAUAAUAACAACAUGGAGAGUCAAGUGGAUAUAUCACCAUUCCAAGUGUAAAGCUCCGAUAAGACGCCAGUGUAAAUUAAGCGUGCAUUAUAUUACAGAAGAGUGAUCGCAAAGUGUAUCCUUGAAACCCAUGAAUUGUAUUACCGUAUUGUUUUGCACAAAAUCUCCCAUUAAAAGGUGGGUAUAAAUUACAGUUCGCUACAACUUUUCAAUUAGGCGUGUUUUCCUCCCAGGAUCUUUG